CCGGCGAGAGUGCGGAAGUAAUUUAGGCUGACUUUUCCCCACAUGGUGAAGAUGGUGGCGAACGGGGAAAAACAACAAGGCCAUAGAGCCGGCACGUAUAAACAAAAAAACAAAGGACACAAACAUGGCAAGCACCGGACGAAAGGAGAAAUUGAAAGAGAAAACAAAGGGAGAGUGUCAGUGACGGCUCUUACCAAAAAACAGAGGAAGGAGCAAAGGAAGAUGGACAGACGGCACAAAGCGAACCAGCUACGCAGGAAUAAGAAAGACAUGGUCCUAACAGAAAAGCGCCGUCUCGGCAGCAGGGAUGGGCCUCCUCAUUUAGUUGCUGUGGUGUCCCUACACGCUGGAGUGGAUGCCGGUGCCAUUACCAAACUGCUACGUGGACAAGAGGCCGGCGGUAUAGUUCACCAAGAGCGGUGCAUCAGCGGCGCCAGCGACAGCUUUGGGCUGAUCCUGCCUCGCUUUAAGCAAAGGUUCACUUUUCUGAGCCAGAGCACAGCUGACAUACACUCCCUGCUGGAUGUAGCAAAGAUUGCAGACAGCCUUGUGUUUGUACUUGACUCUACUGAAGGAUGGGACAGCUAUGGAGAUUACUGCCUCUCCUGCCUCUUUGCCCAGGGCCUCCCCAGCCACGCACUGGUGUGUCAGGGUGUUUCUGACCUUCAUGUGAAGAAGAGGGUUGAGUCCAGAAGAGCUUUGUCAAAGAUCACAGAGGUCCGUUUCCCUGACGCCCGUCUCUUCCCUCUGGACUCGGAACAAGAUGCCACUCUACUUCUCAGACACCUGGGCAGUCAGAGACAGAGAAAGCUGGGUUUCCGCUCCAGACGAUCCCAUCUUUUAGCUCAGCAUGUCACUUUUACACCAAACAGCGCCGCUGAGGGGACGGGCGACGGACCCACUGGCCUGGGAACUCUUUGCGUCUCUGGUUACAUCCGUGGCCGACCUCUACUGGUUGACAGACUGGUGCACAUCAGUGGUCACGGAGACUUCCAGCUCAGUCAGAUUGAUGCUCCGUCAGACCCUCUUCCUCUGAACGUAGCAACAGCCAGACCAGCAAAGCCUGGCAAAGGAGAUGUUGACAUGCAGGUUGAAGGUGGAGAUGAGGCUCCGGUGCGGGUGCUCAUGAAAGCGGACCCAUCCAACAGGGAGAGUCUGCAGGCCGAGGCUGAGGUGGAUCCAAUGGAGGGAGAGCAGACGUGGCCAACCGAAUCAGAGCUGCUAGAAGCUGAAGAGGCCAGGAAGAACAAACGUGUGAUGAAGGUCCCCAAAGGAACAUCAGACUACCAGGCCUCGUGGAUCGUUGAUGACACUGAGGAGGGGGAUGGCGAGCUGGACGAAGAAAGCAGUGAUGAUGACGAAGACGACAUGAUGGAUGAAGCCAUGGAGGGAGAUGAUGAUGAGACCAACUCUCAGGACCCUGGUUCAGGUUCAGAAGAGGAAGAAGAUGAGGAGGAAGAGGAGGAGGUGUGCUCCUCCGAGCGAACCGGAGCAGAUCAGCGCUACGAUGAUCACAUGGAUGAAGCUGCGGAGGAAGAAGGUUUGAAACGUUACCGUGAGGCUAGAUCCAACGAAAUGUUUCCUGACGAGGUGGACACACCGCGGGAGACUGCAGCAAGAAUCAGGUUCCAGCGCUACAGGGGUCUAAAAAGUUUCCGCUCCUCACCCUGGGACCCCAUGGAGAACCUGCCCCUGAACUACUCGCGCAUCUUCCAGUUCCAGAGCUUUGAACGCACUCGCCGCCGCAUACUGGCAGAAGCUGCAAUUGAGGAGGAGGGAGCCAUGGAUGGCUGGUAUGUUACGCUGCACAUCGCUGAUGUCCCUUCUUCUGUGAUGGAGAGCGUCCAGUCUGGCAAACCUCUGGUGCUGGUGUCUCUCUUGCCCCACGAACAGAAGAUGUCGGUGAUGCACGUCCUGGUGAGGAGACAUCCCAGCAACACGGAGCCAAUCAAGUCCAAAGAGGAGCUCGUCUUCCACUGUGGCUUCCGCAGAUUCAGGGCCUCCCCCAUCUUCUCUCAGCACACGUCAGCUGACAAGCAUAAGAUGGAGCGCUUCCUCAGGCCAGAUGCCCCGACUGUGGUGUCGGUGUACGCUCCCAUCACCUUCCCCCCGGCAGGAGUCCUGCUCUUCAAACAAAGAGACGACGGCAUCCAGGACCUGGUGGCGACGGGCAGCCUCCUGAGCUGUGACCCUCAGCGCAUCGUGCUGAAGAGGAUCGUACUGAGCGGACACCCGUUCAAAAUAAACCGGCGUUCUGCGGUCGUGCGUUACAUGUUCUUCAACAGAGAGGACAUCAUGUGGUUCAAACCAGUUGAGCUGCGAACAAAAUGGGGUCGCAGAGGCCACAUCAAGGAGGCUUUAGGAACACAUGGUCACAUGAAGUGUGUGUUCGAUAACCAGCUGCGCUCUCAGGACACCGUCCUGAUGAAUUUGUACAAGAGAGUGUUUCCUCGCUGGACAUACGACCCCUAUGUGCCCCUGUCUUUACCUUGGGUCAAGAGAGAGGUCACUGUGGAUAUGGACGACUUGGACAUGGAAUAGUAGAAGAACAGGCACGGGAAACGUAUUUAAAUUAAUACAUAACAUCAGAGUGUAAUGCGUAUUAAAUAAAACUAUUUUGAUCCAAAA